CCGUGACGCUGCCCGGGAGGUGUGUUUCUUCACAGCGGCAGGGAAACAAGACAUCCUGCCGGUCCUUUUGUGUGUUCCCGAGGACAUUUUGGCUCCGCUGAGGUGUUCCGGUGUCUCCGCGGGCAGGACACUUUUACACUUGUCGACAUUUCAGCCACCAAUGUGGGCCGCUAGCCUAGCCGCCUAGCUUAGCGUCCUCGGUGCCUUCCCGUAGCCAGCGGCGUCCUCCAUGCUAGCUUGUCGCCUUGUUGGCCUGCCCUCCUCCUCCUCUUCUUCUUUUUCCUCCUCCUCCUCGACAGCGGCUCCUUUGGCGCCAUCGCAAUGGCUUUGAAGCGGAUUUCGAAGGAGCUGACAGACCUGUCCAGAGACCCUCCUGCCCAAUGUUCUGCUGGACCCGUGGACGAAGACAUGUUUCACUGGCAGGCCACAAUAAUGGGACCUCCUGACAGCCCCUACCAGGGAGGGGUUUUCUUCCUCACCAUCCACUUCCCUACAGAUUACCCCUUCAAACCUCCCAAGGUGGCGUUCACAACCAGAAUUUACCACCCCAACAUCAACAGUAAUGGCAGCAUCUGCUUGGACAUCCUGAGGUCCCAGUGGUCUCCUGCGCUAACCAUCUCCAAAGUCCUCUUGUCUAUUUGCUCGCUCUUGUGCGACCCCAACCCUGACGACCCGCUGGUGCCGGAGAUCGCUCGCAUCUACAAGACGGACCCCGUCAGGUACAACAAGACCGCUCAGGACUGGACUCAGAAAUACGCCAUGUGAUCCCGCUCGACUCUCACUGGCCAAUCACAGCACUUUGUUCACAUUUUUUAACCUCAACGUCAUCCAGGCGCUGUCACAUGGAGGCGGAGCUUCAGAGCGGACAGAAGAGGGAUGCAUGUUAAGAGGUCCUGGACGGCCAUGUUUACUUGUUAGAGAAGCAGAGGUCUUCCUCGCCACACUCCUCCCCCCUUUUUUUUUUUUUUGCACUUGACGAUACUUGACAGCAGCCGAUUGGUUCACUCGUUGCUUUUUUUCUUUGUUUUUCCUCUGUUGAGUUGAUUGCACUCGUUUUUAACUAAAUGUUCUAGAAGCUGGAAGAUUGUCACCAAACAUGACGUAUAAAAAAACUUUAUUAAUAAAACGUCCAGAUAAAUAGA